CGUGCUGCUGGGCAUUUCCUUGGAGGACACGCAGAGGGAGCUGGAGCACAUAAGAAUUCGCCCCGAAGGCAUCCACCCUACGUGAUGCGUCGGAAACCUCAAACUCCCUUUUAGUGCGCACACAACAAGCUUUGCUCUUCUGAAAAGCUGGAUGAUCUUGUCAUUGGCUUUUCUCUAAAGAUGGACCAGUUUCGGCAGCCCGGCCGUUCCUUCUGUGGCCACGAAAUGGUGCGAUUCAGCCGGGAACCCCGUGCAAGGAAGAGCUCGCCACGUGGCUGUUGGGUCUCCUCUGGGCUGCUGGUUUUGCUGGGGCCGAUCUCGGUUCUCAUGAAAGCGAAGAAGAAACAGCAGUAGAGCUGAACACCCUUGGGAGGAGGUAUUCAAGUCAACUGUUUCUGCCCCGUCGCUUCCAAAGAUCAGCCCUAAUAAAAUCUAGAUGACAAGUCCCGGUCGCCACUUUGAUGCCACUUGUAGUUCAGCACUGCUCCCUGCCUUCCUCACCUCAUCCUGGGAAAGAAAUGCUGUCUUCAUCUGGGUUGUGGGGUCUUGUUUGGAGGAGCGCUAGGAGGGUUCGAAAGAUAUUAAACUUGCGCGUGUUUGAAGAUGAAAGCGGGAAGCACUGGUCCAAAAGUGUGAUGGAUAAACAGUAUGAAGUGUUGUGUGUCAGCCAAUUCACUCUCCAGUGCAUCCUGAAAGGAAACAAACCCGACUACCACAUGGCAAUGCCUACGGAGCAGGCGGAGUGUUUUUACAACAACUUCCUAGAGCAGCUAAGAAAAGCCUACAAGCCAGAGCUUAUUAAAGAUGGUAAGUUUGGCGCCUACAUGCAGGUACACAUCCAGAACGAUGGUCCUGUAACAAUAGAACUGGAGUCCCCGGCUGCCACUGUUGACCCUAAACAGCUGGCAAAACUUGAAAAACAACAACAAAGAAAAGAGAAGACCAGAACCAAGGUACCCUCUGAAUCAAGUAGAGAAAGAAGUGCCCCCCGUAGCAAGGAUGAUCCCAGUGCAAGCAGCGGAGCAGAAGGAGAUGUGUCUUCAGAGAGAGAGCCUUAGCUGAUCCAAAGCAGGCCUCAGUUUCUUGUACAAAAGCUACACUGGAUUCUUGAAGUGAGACCUAAAAGACAUUCACCUCAGCACCAUUCUUCUAGGACUUUAGAAAAGAAUUAAAAACGGGAAAAUAGAAUGAAGACAAUAGAAACCGGUAUCAUUCUGUACUGAAACAACCAAAGCAAUGUGAUCAGAUUCAAUUGUUAAUGUGUGGCUUCAGUAGUAAAAAAGGACUUGUAACAUUUGUGUGUGUGUAUUUUCACAUGACUGCUGAAUGAAGGAUGACUGCACAGAUUGUAGAACAGUCUCUGUCAGUACCCAUGCUCCAUGUCAGAAAGAAAUCAGGGUUUUUCCUUAAAUUUACACUUGAAUUCUGAAAAUAAUCAAGCAAGCUUGUAUUUGGACUCUUACAGUGUCUUGUGUUGCCUGUUUUCCAUGGCAGGAUGUAUGUCUACGUAUAUUUUGGUAUACUGAUCAGCUGCUAUGUAACACCAAAUUAGGCAGUCCAGUCUUUCUGCAUGCAUUAAGAUAUUAAAUGAAAAUAUUGGCCAUCAGUCAUUUGUCAUGUAAAACGUGUCUUGUAAACUUUUUUUAAAACCAGGAAAGACUUUAUUAAAGAAAUGAUACUACUUGA